AUAAUUUUUUUUUAAAUGAAUAGGAAAAAUUGAGAAAUGAAGAAGGAAUAGUAGGAAUCCCAACCGCCGUUUGCGCCGCCGCCUGGGCACUGAAUACCACCGCUAAAGCAUAAUGUCUCUCCUCCACACGCCAUGCGCCUCCUUUUUGUUGAGCGCCAAAACCCCAAAGGCCACCGUUAAACCCUUCGAAGCUCUUCCAUUCUCCUCGGCUCUAAACCCUAGGUCAAGAGCCUCCCCGAUUCGACUUUCCUACUCCUCGCUCAAUGAGCCGUCGGACCCGAAACCAUCUGGGCUGCCUAUCGCCGGGGGAAUUAACAAACCGGACGACGUGUCGGAUAAUAAGCCCUCGGCUUUUGUGGACGAGUGGGGCGAGAAGUCGGAACCGGAGACCCAACCGACCACGAAAUUCGCGGACUCCGAUCCUCCCCAGGACGAGGAUGAGUGGGGCGGGAAUGAGUUAGGGGGAAAUGGGGCUCCCGAAACGGGUAGUGGCGAAGACGAGAGGCUUCGGGACCUGAAGAGAUGCUUGGCGGACACGGUUUACGGUACGGAUUUCGGGUUCCGGGCCUCAACGGAGAUACGAGCCGAGGCUCUGGAGCUUGUAUCUCAGCUGGAGGCCGCUAAUCCAACUCCGGCGCCGACGGAAUCUCCCGAAUUGCUUGAUGGGAACUGGAUUUUACUGUUUACAGCAUUUUCUGAAUUAUUACCCCUCCUUGCUGUGGGCAACAUUCCAUUGGUUAAAGUUGAAAAGAUUUCUCAAUUGAUUGACACAAGCAGCCUUACAAUCGAGAACUCCACAUCAUUAUCAAGUCCUGUUGCCACACUCUCUUUUAGCGCCACUGCAACCUUUGAGGUUAGAACCCCCUCAAGAAUACAGGUUGAAUUUAAGGAAGGCAGCUUUAAACCUCCUGAAAUCAAGUCAAGAAUUGAUUUGCCAGAGAACGUGGAUAUUUUUGGGCAAAAGAUCAAUUUGUCUCCUGUGCAACAAUCUAUGGGUCCUCUCGAAAAUGCUGUGGCUGGUAUAGCUCAAACAAUUUCCGGUCAGCCCCCUCUAAAGGUCCCAAUUCCUGGUGAGAGGUCUAACUCCUGGCUUCUUACUACAUACCUUGAUAAGGAUAUGCGAAUCUCCAGAGGAGAUGGUGGCCUUUUCGUGCUUGUUAAGGAAGGAAGUUCCCUUGUAUAUUAAAGCAGUACAGUUUUUGUUGAUUCUAAAUUCUUAGAUUAAUAAACUUGGUUCUAUCAGAGCUUCAUGAAGGCCAAAAUUUCAAAUUUUAAUCUCACAACAUUUGGUUGGAUAAUACCGAUAUAGUUUCUUGCACA